CACAGAGUGGACAUUUAAAAAGACACAUGAGAGUUCACACAGGAGAGAAACCCUUUAGCUGCUCAGUUUGUGAGAAAGCUUUUUCAGAGAGUGGAAUUUUAAAAAAACACAUGAGAGUCCACACAGGAAUGAAACCACACAGCUGCUCAGUCUGUAAGAAAGCUUUUUCAGAUAGUGGAGGUUUAAAAAAACACAUGAGAGUCCACACAGGAGAGAAAUCACACAGCUGCUCAGUCUGUAAGAAAGCUUUUUCAGAGAGUGGAAGUUUAAAAAAACACAUGAGAGUCCACACAGGAGUGAAACCACACAGCUGCUCAGUCUGUAAGAAAGCUUUUUCAGAUAGUGGAGGUUUAAAAAAACACAUGAGAGUCCACACAGGAGAGAAACCACACAGCUGCUCAGUCUGUAAGAAAGCUUUUUCACAGAGUGAAUAUUUAAAAAAACACAUGAGAGUCCACACAGGAGAGAAAUCACACAGCUGCUCAGUCUGUAAGAAAGCUUUUUCACAGAAUAUAGAUUUAAAGAGACACAUGAGUGUCCACACAGGAGAGAAACCACACAACUGCUCAGUCUGUAAGAAAGCUUAUUCACGGAGUGGAAGUUUAAAGAGACACAUGAGAGUCCACACAGGAGAGAAAUCACACAGCUGCUAA